AAUCUCACGAACUGUCUUAUUUUGAGUGAAGAAAGAACGAUUUUGGAAAGAAGACGUGUAAACAAUGGUGCUGUUCAAGAGAAAGCCGGUGCCAUUUCCGGAGCCACUGCCGUUGCCCGAGGAUACCAAUGUGAGAUGUUGGUACAUUCCGUACACGAAAGAAUGGUUCCUUAAUUAUGAUGAUUACUUGAGGAGACUCGAUUACUACAAGACGCGCAAAUUUGUGUGUGAAAUCACUGGUAAUUCGUGCCUGACUUUCUUCGAGGCUUAUGAGAGUGAGGUGAAGGAGAUCUCACUUGUUGAGAAUAGCUUCCCGGAGCAUCUGAAAGAGCCGAUUCUUAGACACAUCCAGUUCAGUACCGUUCCAAGGAUAGACCAACUCGUGGAUGAGGUUUACGCAACUUUUAAGAAAGAUUACUACCCUGGUGAAACAGUGAUGGUAAGGCUCAACGACUACAGAAACGAUUACAAGACUCGGUGUGUUAUUAGGGAGAAGGCACAGUUCAAUGCGAUAUACGAUGCUGAUAACAACGUCCAACGGCCUGCGUAUUCCCAAUAUAGGGUUGCUCGGGUCGAUAACGGCAGCGAAGUUGUUGUUGAUGAGGCACAGAUCACAAGAGAUAGGAAUAACUUCACAAAAUGGUUUGUAAAGACUUUCAUAAAGCUGAGUGUUACAAGAUCACCAAAGAUUGGAGCUCCAUGGAUCGUAAAGAAGAAGUAUGCAGAGAAGUACCGAAUUCCAACAGAUUUACCACCACAUUUGGCGUACUUCAAAGACCAGGAGAUGAAGCCGAAGGCGAACAAGAAAUUACAAAAUAUUAAACCAAAAACUGAAACUGGGAACAUGAAGACUUCGAAAAAGACAACUCCAGAAGUGAAACGGAAUGGUUCCAAGAAUGUUCCACUUUUGCCAAAAGGGAAUACAUCAGUACAGAAAAAACAGCAGAAACUAAAGCAACAAUCUCCAUCAACAACAUCAACAGCACCCCUACCUCCUGUAACCUCAACACCGGCGACACCUGUACCGCCGCCACCACCGCCAGCACCAAAGAGGACUGUGAAGGAAGAUCUUGAGAAUCCAUUUGAAUUGGCAGUGCAUAAGCCAAUACCACAUAGAUUGGACGAUUUAGGCGAUUAUGUUCCAGACGCUUUAGAGAGUUGGGCUUUCUUGAAUGUCUAUAGGGACCCAUUGGUGCUGGACAACUUUACAUUUGACGAUUUCCUCACUGCCAUGAGGUGGACUUCACGUGAUAAAUGUGCUUUGUUGGAUGAAAUUUUUUGUGCUGUGCUAUCUAUUUUCGCACAACCUAAUGCUAAAGAGUUAGAAAAUUUCAUUCCAGAAGAUAUUGAUGAAUAUGAUACCAGCGAGAAAGAUGAUAUCAUGAGGGAGAAAAAUUCCAACAAGAUUAGUGAUGAUAAGGUAUCAAAGUGGGGAAAUGGUAAAACUGACGCUGAACAAGAGACAGAACACGCACAAGAAAAAGAGGAUGAUGAAACGAAGGAUGUGAAAGCAGAAAAAAUUCAUGAACCUUCUAGCGAUGCUGAUAUGUUGAUUGACGAAGAAGAUGAGGACAAUAAUUCGGAGAUAGUAUUUUCAGACAGAGUGGAUGAAUACACUACCUAUCGUAACCAAUCGUACAUUGAACGUUUAGGUAAACGUAUGUUCAAAGAUGGUGGUUGGCAAAUUAUACUACUGGGCAUCUUAGACGAGGUUCGUCAUUACAAAGAAUGGCAACUGGACAUCAGUACCAUUUUCUCAGAACUCGCCCCUAAAAAUGCUGGAGUAUCUGUCAGUGGAUUGUUGAACCGCUUCUUAGAGAUGGAACCGGGUCUUAGGGUACGUGCUCUUAACAUCCUUUGUUCUUUGGUGGUGAACGCACCUGUAAUCAGACAGUUUAUUGAUAAGUGCAUGGAAGAUGCGACAUCUUUGAGAAGGGAGAGACUAGAAAAGAUCAGAGAGUACAAGACCUGUUACGAAAAAGCACAAGAUAUCGAUAAAGACCUUCGGGCAAUCUAUGAAUCUUCUAAUUCUACAGCAAACGAUCCGAACGUCGAUCAACCACAAAAUGUGGAGCAAGAGACAAGAAAGAGGCGCCGUCGGGGUGGUAUCAAGGUUGAACCAACGGAUGUUGAGCUCAAGUUUGCACAGGAAAAUGAACAGUAUGCUUCCAUAUUGGCUCAAAGAACAGCACAGCUGAAGAUUGGAGAGGAAAUUCGUGCUCAGAGAAGAAAACUCGAAAGACAAAUAGUGGAGAUUGACGUCCAGAGAAUCAAAUAUUUGGGCAAAGAUCGCUUAUUUAAUAGAUAUUGGUGGUUUGAGAACAAUGGGUUGCCAAACCUCGGUGGUGGUAAGCGAUCUGAUGAGGAUGAUGAGGAGGUUGAUGAGGAAGAUGAAAACGAUGAUGAUGAAGAGGAUGAAAUUUAUAACGAGACUUACUUGAUGGGAAGACUUUGGGUUCAAGGCCCCACUGAUCAUGAUGUUUUGAAUUUCCUCAAUUUGAAAAAUGAUAUGAUCAUGUCUUGGAGACGUUUAACUGAGGAAGAAGAAGAAGAAGAUGAUGAUGAAAAAGGUGAAAAGGAUGGCGAAGAAAAACCACAGAAAGGAGAAAACAAAAAGGACAAGGGCGGAAAUGAAUCUAGAGAUGAGAAUGAAACCCAAGAAGAGAUAAGACCACAUAUUCUUAAAGGGGUACCGAAGAAGUUUUCCAAAGACGCUGCCAGUAUGUUCAACAUCAAUUUUGAUUUGGAGGAGGAGAAAAUCAAGUCUUUACCGGAUGGCCAUACUCUUGUUGAUGAAUAUGGUGCCACAACAACUGGAAUAAGCGCAUUGCAGCGUAAAAUCAUUGAAGAGUGUCCAGAUCCUCUACUGUCUAAUACUGAAUGGAGAUAUUACGAUACUACUGAAGAGAUUGAAAGACUGCUAAAAUGGUUUGACCAAUGGGGUCUGCGUGAAUCCAAGUUGUUGAAAGAAAUUACGUCCGUUAAGGAUAAGAUUCUUGCCAGUAUCACUGCCCGUCGUAAAGCUUUGAAGUUAGACACCAAGUCCGAAGAAGAGAUUGAACUGUUAAAGAUCAUCAACGAGACUCAAAUCUCAGACACCGAACCUGAGUCUGAAGAAGAAGAGGAAGCCUUGUCUGUUGGUGAUUCUGAGGAUGAUGAUGAUAAAGUCUCACUCGACGCUGAAACCGUCAGUGUACCUGAGAUCAGACGUACGCGUCGUUCAUUGGCACAGCUGGAUAAACUUCAACAAGAACGGUUGAAAAAAAUCGAGGCACAAAAAGCUGCAGAGGCUGAGCGUGAAGCUCGUAGGGAGCGCUCACGUCCUGCCAAGAGGGUAGCGCGUCGUGAGUUGAAAAAGCGUAAGAUCAAAGAACAUCAACAGAAACGUGAACUCAUAGAAACAAGCAAAGAACAAUUGGAGGCUCUGCGGGAGGAUAUGGAGAUAGAGCGUUGCCAAGAGUGGGUGAACUCAAGUGCCCUAGAGAAACUAGGAUAUACCCACUACGAACAGCCAAAGAAGACAAGAGGUCGGAAGAAAUGAGUCAAGUCUAUGUGUAUAUCACGAGAAACGAACAAUUAUGUUGGAAGUGUACUAUUGUAUAAUAAUACAGAAACAUUAAAGGUAAAAACACGGUAUC